AUGCCACCACGCAAUGCACCCCUCCCCAACGCGGUCAACCUCUUCAAUUGUAAUAUUUGCGACAAAGGCUACCCGCGCCAAACCGACUAUGAGAACCAUCUGCGCUCCUACGACCACAAUCACCGCCAACGCCUCGCAGAGAUGAAGAAGUUGACCGACGCGAACGCGAGCGAUGCCCCGCGCUUGAACAAAGGCCCGUUGGAUAUGCGAAAUAUACCGCAGGGUGACGCGGCGAAGAAGGGAGCUGGUCUGGGACCGCGGUUCAAGAAGGUUGGUGGCGCUUCGGGUGCUGGCGCAGGGGCGGCGAGUACGGGAGGAAGUAGGUUUAGGAAGAUUGGGGAGGCGAAAGAAGAAAAGGUCGAGGAGAGGAAGGAGGAAAGUCCAAAGGUUAACCUAGCGGCGACUCAGGAAGAAUCGGUACCGUCUGCUGAAGUAGAGGUUAAGACGCAGGUCGAAACAGAAAAAGACGAGGACGUAGUCAUGGGUGACGAUGACGACGAGGUGGUGACUUGGGAAGAAUACGAUGUCACGAAGCCGUCUGAGUGCGAUCAUGCGAAUUGCCUUGGUUGUCAGAUGCCUAAGAAUCCAGUGUAUGAGAAUGGAUGGCUGGUAAUGGGGUCUGCUUGA